AUGAACCUCUUUGCCAACAAUGUGGACUGGAAUAUCAUCAAAGUCUCUCAUCUGCACGUUUACCGUACACAGUGUUGGGAUCUAUCCUAG